AUGCCUUCUUUCACCACCAUCGUCGCCGCUCUUGCCGGAUGCUCUGCUAUCGUCAACGGCGCCGCCGUCCCUACUCCUGAGGCUCGCGAGAACAGCCUCAGCAAGCGCGAGCCAGUUCUCGCAACCAUUCUCGUCGCGGCUGGUACCGCAGCUGUCAGCGCUGUCGUCACCAAGGCCGUCGACGCGACUGCCAAGUUCAUUGGUGACGUCCAGAACUUCGAUGAAGCUCGCGAAGCCUUCACCCAGCAAACCACCAAAGAGAUGAUGGCCAACAACCCCGACCCUGCCCGCUUCCAAGCCGCCGCCUGCUACAACCAGGGCUUCUCGGUCGCUGACCCCGCCAACAUCGACGGCCAGAACUCUGUCAAGUUCGAGCUUGGCCUUCUCAACACCGACUACGAGUGCAUGUACAUUGCUGCUCCCAACCAGUUCUUCACCGAGGGUGACGGUGGAUUCAUUAACCUUGCGUUUGAGCAUACCGACCGCUGCACUUUCGACGAGGCUACCGCCGAUCUUACUUGCGUCUAA